UGCGGUCUGAUUUCUCCUUUUUUUUUCACUUCAGUCUUCCUUUACUUCUCUCUCGUCUCGUAGCUAUUCAUGGCGGACAAACCUGUAAACCAGAAUUUUCUUGAGCAGCUGAGAAAUGGAACUGCUAAGUUCGAGCUUGUCUCUACGCCUGUUGCUUCAAUUUCAAAUCCUAACUCCCAAAAAACAUAUACCAUGGCGUUCCAUAGAGACAUCAGCCGUUUAUUCUUUGCUAGAAUCGGACCACCACUUUUUGUUUCAGUUAAUUUUGGAAUGGAGUUCAACCUCUUAAGCCUAAUUCUUUUAUCAUUUGUGACAUCUGCGCUUAUUUUGUUUAUUAGAGGAGGAGGUCCAGCAAUGAAAAAAGUUGAGCGUUAUUCAGUUCAAAAGGUUACUGGGGAUGGGCGCUGUCUAUUUAGAGCAUUGGUUAAAGGGAUGGCUUUAAACAAGGGUAUCCCUCUUAACUCAAGCCAAGAGAGAGAUAAUGCGGAUGAAUUACGAAUGGCUGUAAAGGAGGUUAUAUGUGAUAAUGGUAGUGAACGCCGGCAGUAUGAAGAGGCAUUAAUUGCAAUUACGGUUGAUGAGUCCUUGAAACGUUACUGCCAGCGCAUUGACAGAUCUGAUUUCUGGGGAGGAGAGUCAGAACUACUGGUGUUGUCAAAAUUGUGUAGUCAGCCCAUCAUUGUUUACAUACCGGAGCAUGAGCAUAAAAGGGGUGGAGGGGGCUCUGGUUUUAUUCCAAUUGCAGAGUAUGGAGCUGAGUUUCACAAAGGUUCAAUAAAAGGAAAACCCAGGAAGGUUGUUAGGCUCCUGUACAGUGGUAGAAACCAUUAUGAUCUGCUUAUCUGAGAUUUUACUAUGAGAGGAGGAAAGAAAUAGUGACAUUUACCACCAAAGGAAAAUGCUCCAAUUUUGUACUCGAAGAUGUUGAAUCUUACUAAUUUUCUUAUUUGUUUUAAAAAAGUGAAAACAUACUCACUCUUAUGAAUCAAUUUGAGAAAUUUUGUUCAAAGAUCCCAUGAAGCAAAUUGAGUUCGUUUGAUUUGAAAUUCACACAUUUUUAUUCAGGAAUUA